AUGGGCAAAGCAGAAGUCGGCUCAACCAAAUACCUCUCCAACAAGAUGAAGCAAAAAGGCCUCACGCGCCUCCGCUGGUUCUGCCAAAUCUGCGAAAAAGCCUGCAGAGACGAGAACGCCUUCAAGAUGCACUGCCAGUCCGAAUCGCACACCCGGCGCGCGCUGUCUGUAGGGCAAAACAUCAAGCAAGUCACCGACGAUUACUCCCGUGCGUUCCAACAAGAGUUUAUCUCCCUUCUCAAGACGAGCCAUGGAGAAAAGGAGAUUCACGCGAAUAAAUUCUAUCAGGAGGUGAUUGCAAAGAAGGAUCAUGUUCAUUUGAAUGCGACGAGGUGGCAUAGCUUGACGGAGUUUGUGAAGUACAUUGGGCGGGAGGGGAUUUGUAGGGUUGUGGAGAAGGAGGAUGGGUUGUUUAUUGCUUGGGUGGAUGACAGUCCUGAGGCGAUGAGGAGGAGGGAGGCGGUUAGGAGGAGGGAGAUGAUGGACAAGGGGGAUGAGGAGAGGGAGAUGGCUGUUUUGAGGGGGCAGAUUGAACGGGCUAGGAGGGAGGCGGAGGAGAGGGGGGUG